CCGCUCCCCGCGCCCGCUACAAAACCUCCUCGCCGGCGCCCGCCGCCACCGCCGUCGGCCAUGGCGUACCUCCCGCCUCACAAGCGCCACCCCAGCUCCACCGCCUCCGCGCCCACCCCCAAUCCGCCCCCUCCGUCCCUCUCCUCCUCCCUCCGCUCCCUCUCCCUCUCCUCCCCGCGCGGCCGCGGCCGCGUCGGCGGCGGGCGCCACCCGCUCCCUUCCAACAAGAUCAUCCACGCCGCCGGCUGCAUAUCCCGCUGGUCUCCCCUCCCGCCCUUCUUCCCUAGCCCCGAAGACAGCGACGGCGAGGAGCCCACCCUCCGCCUCGAGCCCUUCCCCUGCGACCCCAUCGAGCGCAAGACCGGCGCCAAGCCCCUCGCUCUCGUCGCCUCCUCCCCAGGACAAGGCUCCUCGGGCUCCACGGCGACCGCGGUAACCGCCAUCGCCGAGAGGUUCUUGCCCGACCUCCUGGCCGCCGCGAAGAGGGCCAAGGCGAGCUACGCGCCCAAGGAGGAAGAGUUGGUGAAGCUGAAUCUCGUGGCCAGAGUGGGAAAGGUGCUCUUCCAGACCCAGCCCGGUAGAUCACCUGUCUCCUUAGAGACACUACGCCAGGCCGCGAAAGCAGGGGAAGGUGGUUCCAAGAGCCAGUUGCAUAAAUCGUUCUACACGAAUGUGCCCAAUGAGUGUCUGGAUGAUAUGGAGCAAUCCGUGGUGAAGAGGAUGGCGCUGGAGUUUGAUUCGUCCAAGGAGCACUACCAUGUGAAGGUGUUUGACAAGCACCACAGCGAUUCUACAAUAUCUUGCAAAUGCACUGUGGAAGAAGAUGGGAGCCUUGCUAUCCAUAAAGUUGAAUGGAAUAAGGUACGGCACUUGGUGGAAGACAUAUCCUGCCUUUUCAAAGAUCUUGAUCUAAGGCUGAUGUUAUGUACAAAAAGGAUCCUGAAAACCCUUGAUCCUGAAGUGGAAAAUGCUUUAAAGAGCUUGGUGUCUUCUGCUGUUAUUGAUCCUGAUGUGAAAGGGGGACUUAGAUGGCCACUUGGAAAAGAGUCCAUUGGUGAGAGGUUCAGCAUAGUUGGGGUGUGGCACACAAACUACAAGGCUUUCAGAAAUGAAACCCUAAGGCUCAAGUUGAGGCAUGGUGACCGAUUCGAUCACCAAACCUCAGCUGGGGAAGUUUCCAAUGAAGUUACCUUCAAACUAAUUGGCAUGUCUCGAAGACUGGAGGAUGUUGAUCCAGAAGAAACCUCUCUGAAGGAGAUGCUGGAGCCUGUGGUUCAAAUGGUAUGGGACAAUGCUCUGAACUACAAGAUCGUGCCUUGAGCGCAGCAGCUAUACUGACGAGCAAAUGGUUCGAUGGAGAAGCUUGACGGUGCCUUCCUUGGAACUGCAACGGAGCUGAUUUCUUUCAGCCUUUCUGUAUAUAUCUUUGGUUCGUGAUAUGUGAUGGUGGGAUUACUGUAUGGGAAUUGGAUGGUUGGUGCUGUACUUGCAAGUUGCAACUUCAGACCCCUGGUUCAAGCUUGGCCCUGCGAUGGGGUUGAUAUUGAGAGCUGCAUCGCGUGUCGAUUGGUUGCUUGCACCCUGUCGUUUGAUACUUUGAUUGGUAUUGGUAUCGGCAAAAGUCAUGGACCUCCACCGGGUUUUCCCGACCUCGGUUA